AGUAGCCACUGCGCUAUUGGACGAAUGCCCAUUGACCUUCACCCCACAAACCUAUUGAGCAAUGGAGUGGUCUAUUCAUGCAAUUCGGAAUCAGUAGCGAGGUGGAACGCCUUCAACUGAUGCCUUUGUGUGUCUAUGUCUAUCGUACUUAAAUACUCCUCUACUCCUGCACCAAUAUCUUUCGUCACCGACUACAACUUUAAGGACCACUAUCAAUCACUUGGUCAAUAGUCGAUCUGUCCCGACCUCUACCGUUCAUUAUCACCCGACAUAUAAUUCGACACUAUGAGAAUCAACGCGAUCAUCGCCUCUGCCAUCCUGGCUGCCACCGUCUCCGGUGCCGCUCUGCCACUACCUGCUGCCACCGCUGUCCCUGCCACUAUCGGCCAGCGUGAAGCUAAGGCUGAGGCCGGCUCAAUGGCCACUUGGCGUCCUUACGGUCUACCCAUUGGCGGCAAGCGUGAGGCUGCCCCCGAAGCUGAAGCCGAGGCUGGCGCCCCGAAGCGUCCUUACGGCCUGCCUAUUGGUGGUAAGCGUGAAGCUGCUCCUGUGGCUGCGUGGAAACCUCCAAAACGUCCUUACGGUCUACCCGUCGGUGGAAAGCGUGAAGCUGCUCCUGAAGCUGAUGCACCAUGGCGUCCUUACGGUCUACCCAUUGGGGGCAAUGGGGGCAAGCGUGAGGCUGCUCCCGAAGCUGAUGCUCCAUGGCGUCCUUACGGUCUACCAAUCGGCGGCAAGCAUGAGGCUGAUGAGGAAUAAACCUCUCAACCAUCGAUACCUUACCUGCCGUCUAUACGGAUCACAACGACCAUUUCCAUCACACCGAUGAGAACAUCUCAUUAUUUCACUUCGGAACACUCGACGCACACCUGAUCAUUCGCAAGCCAUAUAUACGCAAUUUUAUACUUGCAAUUUGGUCAUCAACUACUACGCGACGAGCCUUGUACAGUCAUCUCGAAGGCUC